UAGUUAAUCCCGCACCAAAUUAUGAUUUCGAGCAUCUGUUUACAUGAAGUUUCGCAAUGAUUUCGUAAAACUCACCUUAGAUUAGAGUGUAACAUACCAAUAUUUUAGAUAGACACAGAAAAGACAUGUCUAACAACAUAAACGGUGAUAUGAACAUUAUGUCUAAUCCCGAUCGUUCUUCAGAUAAUCGAACGAGCCCUAAGAAAGAAUUGAGAAAACCACACGAAUCAACACAAGCAAGGUUAUCAUAUGGUCCAGGUUCUAGAGAUGCAUCAUUAAGUCCUGCAAAGAAGACAACCUUAUCAGCUACAGCUAAAGAAUUUGUUCCCAAAGCAGCUUCCAAUCUUUCUGUAGCUGCUGCUGAGUUUGUACCCAGACAGUCACCAUUUCCAGCUUAUGCUAAUCAGAAUAAUUUAUUUGAAGAUUUUCAACGCUUAGUAAAUAUUGGUCCCCAGGAUAUAAAUCAAUCUGGACCAUCUCCAUCAGUAGAGAAGAUCAUUGAUGCCUUCAAUAGUAUACUAUAUGAAAUGACAAUACAACCUGGUAGUGUUGAAGAUUCAUUAAAACCUUUUGUAGAUUUGCUGCAGAACUGCUCCGAUGACCAAGCUAUUAAUAAUAUUGUAGAAAGCUUGUUCGAACAGAGUAUAAUAGAACCAAAUUUUCGAUAUACUGGUGCGAAGGUAGUGCAGUAUUUAUCUAAUCAACUUAAAGGAAAUGCAGCCUUUUCCAACUUUAGAAACCUUUUCCUUACACGAUGCAAAGAAGAAUAUUUGAAAAAGGAAGAAUUAAUAUCACAUCCAGAAUCAGUUUCCAGAUUAUGUGGAUUUACAAUGUUUAUGGGAGAACUAUUUUUGAAUGUAGAAGUAGAGAAUGCACAAGGUGUUAAACAAAAAAUAGCUGUUAUUAGAUUUGUUAUUAGAGAUUUACUGCUGGUAUUACUGGAACAUUCUACAGAUGAAACAGUCAAAUCUGCCACACAGUUAUUAAAAAUGGCAGGAGCUGCAAUUGAAGAUACAGGACAUUUAAAUAAACCUGAAGAAGGCAACUAUAGUGAAAUAUUUACACGUCUUGGUCAGUUACAGGCAAAUCAGCAUUUAAAUAAGACAAGUCAAUGUUUGAUAGCAUCAGUUUUAAGUCUUAAGUCCAGUAACUGGGGACGAAGAGAUUCAGCAUCCUCUCAGCCAAACAUGUCUUUUCAGAACCAACAGGAAUAUGAUCUGAAUGAGCCAAUAUUUUAUAACAGUAAGGGACAGCCAAUCACGAGAGAAGAGGCAGGUUUUAACGACUAUAAUAGUUAUCUGAUGGCAGAGGAGGAGGCAGCUGAGGAGUACGCCAGAUGGGAGGCUGGAGAAUUAGAUGAUGGUCAAUUUUAUCCAUCCUGGUCAGCAUAUCCUGAAAAUUAUGAUUAUCAACAGAUAGAACAUUAUGAUGAUGGCUAUUCAGGUAUGGAUGAUGAAAUGGAGGCAGCUUAUGAAGAAUUUUUAAAAUCUCAAGUUCAAGGUCGACAUCAUCACUGAUAACAAUCAGCCACCAUUAUUUAUUAGUGCUUUUAUCUUUUGGUGCAAACAAAAUUACAUAUACCAUGUGAUGAACCAUAAAAUUGUAAAAAAAAUUACAAACACAUAAACUUAUUUCACAUCAAAGUGAAACCAUAAAAAUUGCUGAAUGUAAAUAUUUGUAUACAGUUUUAUGUUUAUUUCAACAAGAUUUGACAAUUUUUUUCUAAUGAAAACUGAUUAAAGGUUAUGUGCAACAACUUCAUUGGUACCAGGAUAUUUUAUAAUGUUCUGAUUAUUCUUAAUGAAAUAUUAUUUUAUUUCAUCAGUCAAAAUCAAGAGAGAGAGAGAAAAAAAUGAGCAGGUACUAGACUGAUAGAAUUCUUAUUAAUUUACUCAUUUGAAGUUUCUAUAAAAAGUUUACUGCCACUGUCAGCCCAGCGUAGAUUAGUUAUAAGAUCUAUUUGCCUUAUUAUAACAUAGGUUAUAUGUUUAAGGCGUCGAGGCUGUGAUCAUUAACCCACCCUGUAUAACAUGUAAAUAUUAUGUGAAAAUGUUGAUAGUCAAAAUGUGUACAUUUAUCAUACAUAAACAGAUUCUCAUUGAAAUUCAUUGAUAUUUGCAUUUUCUGAAAAACUAAAUUGGGACUAAAAAAAUAUUAUUUAAUGCAAAUUAUUUACCUUGCUGAUAACCUGGUUCACUACAGUGAAGACAUUGAAAAAGCUUAUAUACCAAGAUUCUUUUUAUUAAAUAUAUGGCCGUGGUAAAUAUUUCAUUUCUCAACAAACAAAGACUCUCAACUUCUAACAUUCCUCAAACAAAAUAGAAAUUCUCCCUGAUCUUAAUACUUGCCAAAAAUGUUAAUAAUUUAUGGAUCAAAUACAGGCUUUUGGGUAUUACUUUAUUUGAUGAUUUAUUUCCUUGCAGAUCUGAAAAUUUCCAAACUCUCUGAUACUUUUAGAUUGUAUAUCAUUUUAACUACCGGUAAUCAUAUACCAUGAUAUUUCUACUGUGUAAGAUAGUUAAAAGUAUUCUUCCAAAAAAAUGUUUUUAUGCCCAGAUGAACUUGGCAUAGUGCUAUAUGUCUUCAUCUAUAAUUUGCAUAUUUAUGUGUGCUUCCUUUUGUUCUCUUUAAGCUUCAAAUUUAAGAAAACAAAUAAAAAAAUUACACCUGCUUAUUUUAAACAAAACAAAAAUAAGAAAGUUGCAUUGUGCUGUAGUACUCUCAGUGAGUCAUCAAAGGUUAGAGUAUCAUUAGACCACCGGUGUGUCUUUCAUCUACUACACACAAUUUGAUUGGUGGUGAAUUGAGACCAAUUGAAAAGAGUUUCUAAACUUAUGGAGGAUAUAUAUAUAUACAUGUAUUAACUUGAAAAUUAAUUGACAUGAAUGAAUGUAUUACAAAAGGAAUUUAUGAUGUUAUAAUUGUUUAUAUUUUUUUCAAUUAUGAUUGCUUUUAACAUAAAUUAGCUCAAAGAAAGCAAUUGAUGAGAUACCAUUGUCAUAAAACUUGUGAAUCUUUUUAGUGAAGAUUUAUAUGUUCAGGAACAUUAACAACUCAAUCACUUGGUCUCAGAUACUAAUAUAUGUGGCCAUUUAUCAUGUUCAUCAACUCAUUGCCUGAACAAAAAAACAACACAAACAGGAUGUAUUAUUCUACUUGAUGAAAUAAUACAACAGACAGGAAAGACCUAAUUUUAAAAUAGGAAUCAACAAGAAAAAAGAUACUAGAUAUAAAUACACUAUCUCUUCUAAAAAGCUGAGUGAUUGAGUGUCAAAAGUCAAAAUCUAAAUUUGUACACAUAAGUUCUAUUGUGUAUUUAAUUGGAGGAAUUGUUCACGUUUGAAAUGUGUGAACAUAAAUUAGAUAUAAUAGAGGCUUUCUGAUGAAAUUGGCACACAAACUUAUGUAUUAUAUUGUUCCAUAUGUUAAUUUAUGUUUUGUCAUUCAACAAACCUGUUUGUGUGCAAUGGGAAAUGUCCAAAAUAAAAUUCAGAUCUAUA